AUGCAACAAGUUAAUGAUGUGCCCUUGGAGCCACCCUCUUCGUUAGGUGCAUCUGCAGAGCAAGAAGAUAAUGUGAUAUCUACUCACGAUUCUCAGGGAUCCACAUCCAUUGAUUUAGGUGCAAGUGGAAAUCGUACAUCCUCAAGGUCAAGGAAGCGGAAGCUUUUGAAUUCUGAUGAAGAUGAUAAUUUCCUAAGGAAACAAGGGAAGAACCUUGAUGAUUAUUGGCCUGACAUUAUUUUAGAGCUAGGUUCAAUUACAGAUAGCCGACUCUGCAAGUCAGGUAGGAAACAAGCAGUAUAUGUGAAGACGGAUGAAGGGGUUUUGAUUAAAGUUGAACCAAAUACUCAGAUACCAAGGACACCACAACGUUUUCGGAAUAUGAUGGAGUUAUUGCAAAAGUUCAGUGUCAAAGCUGCGAAUGAACAUGGAAAGCUUUUGCGCUUGGUUGAGAAUCCUGUGACUCAACACCUCCCAGCCAACUCCCAUAAAAUAGGUCUUUCUUAUAGUUCAAACAAAUUGGUUUGUCUAAAGGACUAUGUUGGUGGUAUUAGUGACGACGAGAACCUUGUUUUUGUGGUUGGUGCAAUGGCUCAUGGAAAAACUGAUGCUGACUAUGUAGAUGAUCUCAUAUCAGGUUAUGCCUUUUCCAUUAUGUUUGUUAUAAUUAAGCGCUUUAUGCUUGAACAUGCAUGUAGUAGCUUCCCAACCUUUUUCUCUGGAUUUUAA